AUGGCCCCGAGUAGAGGGAAAGGCAGAGAUCGGCCCAAAGCUGUUCCGCCUCGACGAUCCGCGCGCUCCCGUGGAGGUCAUAACGACAUUCCCGAUGUGUUCCAGUCCAUGCUGGCCGAGGCUGACGUUGAGAGCUUCCCAGACGACGUCAGUCCGCCCACGAAGAGACGAAGGAUCGCGCAGGAGAAGAGUCCCAAGCAAGCGCCGAAGACCGCAAAGAACGAGGUCGUGAGCAAGCCCAGGAGUGAAGCAAGCCAUGCCAAGCACCCGCAGACUGUCGAGGAUUCCUCCGAAUCUGAGGUCAGUGACUUUCAGUUCGAAGAUGUCGACCUCAGCCAGGCAGAGAAGUACUCCAGCUCUUCCGAAGCAGACGGCAUCGAAGACCUCGCCAUCUCCAUCAAGCCAGAGGACAUCUCAAAGCGAUCGCGCCAAACGAACCGGAGGAAGCCUGCGACAUUUGCUGAAAAAGCUCAGCGACUGAUAGUUCACAAGCUACACGUCCUUUGUCUUCUAGGACACAUCAAAUAUCUCAACGCAUGGUGCAACAACGCCGUCGUACAACGUCAUCUACGUCCUCUACUCACUUCCAAGACCAUAUCAUACCUGAACCCUAAGGCGGAAUUCUCUCAAUUCCAGCGCAACAGAUCAUUCGUGGACGGACUUCAGCAGGCCAUUGAUUCUUUCACAGCAGAAUUUCGGGUGACUGCUCAAGGACUCAGCAAGUCACAUUGGAUUGUGGAAGAAGAUGCUGAUAUCGUGGGGGAAUAUGCCGAGCCCAUGGACAGAUCUGAUUUCAUACGAGCUGCCAAAGCUAUGGAGGGUUCUCAAGACACCGGCAAUCAGCUCUUCUGUGCUUUGCUUCGUGCGGUCGGAGUUCAAACUCGACUAGUCUGCUCGCUCCAGCCACUGCCUUUCGGCAGUGUACCCAAAGGUGCGACGCCACGAAAACCCGUCAGGCAGCGAGUGUUUGCGACGGCAUCGAACACCGAUCAGUCUGCUAGCGAUCCCGAAGAUAUUGCCGUGAAAGGGUCUGGAAGCAGAGGCAAGAUCCCAUCUGUGCGGAGGCGGCUGGGAAGGCCUGCGUUUGCUUCAAAGUCGGACGCAGCGCCAGUGACAAAACGGGAGAAGCCGGUGCAGAAGCUUUCAUACCCAGUAUACUGGGUUGAAGCAUUCAACAAGGCGCAGCAGAAGUGGCUACCCGUGGAUCCAAUCGUCACUCACACCGUCAACAAAGCCUUCAAGCUGGAACCACCAUCUUCCUACGACUUGAACCAACUUACGUACGCCAUUGCUGUUGAAGAUACCGGCGUUGCUCGCGAUGUGACGAAACGCUAUGCCAAGGCAUACAAUGCAAAGACUCGCCGAUUUCGAGUGGAGUCGUCGCAUGAAGGCGCAAAGUGGUUCAAAAAGGCUAUGCGCAUCUUUCGCCGACGGGGUGGACUGCUCGAUAGAGAUCAGGUCGAGGAUGCCGAGUUAGCACAGAAGGAGGCCCGCGAAGGUAUGCCUGCCAAUGUACUGGAUUUCAAGGACCAUCCAUACUACGCUCUGGAACGACACUUGAAACGCAACGAGGUGAUCUAUCCCAUGCGCGAGGUUGGGAAAGUGAACGCUGGAACUGCUGCAAAGCCGAGAAUGGAGUCCGUGUAUCGAAGACAAGAUCUGCUGAGUUGCAAGAGCGCUGACAAAUGGUACCGCUGUGGUCGGGAAGUCAAAGAAGGCGAGCAGCCUCUGAAGCAUGUUGCUGCACGGUCCAGACGACAACGCUCAGUCGACAUUGAUGAUCUUAAUGGCGACGGACCUGCGAGUACUACAGCUCUCUACGCGCCGCAUCAAACGCAGCUGUAUGUUCCACCGCCUGUCGAAAGAGGCAGAGUACCGAGGAAUGCGUAUGGAAACCUCGACAUAUACGUCCCAUCCAUGGUACCGUAUGGAGGCGCACACGUUCGCCAUCGCUUGGCCAAAGACGCCGCUCGGCUGCUCAAGGUAGACUAUGCUGAGGCUGUGACCGGAUUCCAAUUCAAGGGUCGCCAUGGCACAGCCAUCGUGGAAGGCAUCAUCGUGGCUCAGCAGUUCGCCGAUGCUGUGCAGGCAGUAAUUGAUGGCUUCGAGGAUGCUCAAGUAGAAGAGGAGUCUCGUGCGCGCAGUCUGAUGGCUUUGCAGCAGUGGAAACGCUUCUUGGUGGGUCUGCGGAUUGCAGAGCGAGUCAGUGCGUACGGUGAUGGGAAGAAUGAUGACGAGGAAGAGCUUGACGAUGUCAACGUUGAUGGGGAUUUAGGUGGUGGUUUCCUACCCGACGCGGCCGGUUCUACGCACGAGGAUGAAACCGCUUCUGCGGACCAUACUGGACCCGUAGAAGACGAGGACGGGCAACGCGGUGGGUUCAUUAUUGACGGCAACGACGAGCAGAGAUCAACCGGCGGUUUCCUUCCGGAUGCCGACGUGGGCAAUCAGAAGAGCUCGCACUCGACCAAUGCGAAUUUUGACCACGCGUUUGAGGAUGGUCAGGGCGGGGGAUUUAUUGUAGAAGAAGACGCCGACGCUGACGGUAUCAACGACAAUGGUGUGUCCGAGACCUUGGGAGGUCUCUCAUCCGCGGGUUCCUCACGCAUAGCGCCUCCAGCCAGCAGUUCACGGCCAGCGGAGAAGAGACAUGGUGCUCAAGUCGCUCUGAACGGCAGGAACAAUGACGAAGCUAUGGAUGAAAAUGCCAAUGAGGCAGCAGCCAGUCGCAGCGACGCAGACUCUCUGCCAUCUCGUGAUUCCGAAGACGACGAACUUGAGCCUGACUGGUUGGAAAGCGACUGACAUGUGAUAGUAGCAACAAAACACGCCUAUUGGACUACUGAACUAUUCACCUUG